AUAUGCAGAUAAUUUUAGCGGUCAGUUGUGGACCGGAAUUCGGUCCCAUUUGUCAAGUUCUUUUAAUAGAAAUACAAUCUAAAAGGGCUGUCAUAAGUUUUGUGAAGUGACUUAAAAUGGUGCGGAGUAGUUUGAUAAUUAUAUGUUCCAUUACAAUACUCGUGGGCUUUAUUCAAAUUGCCCAUUGUUGCACGAAAACAAAAAAUGUAACGAAAUGGGGUCUCGAAACCCAGACAUACUCUCAAGCCAAAACCUUCAAAUUGGACUGCAGCCCAUUGUUUGAAUGCUUGCAAACGGGACUAAUUGUUAACACAAGACAAAUUAAUAUAUCAUACGUUGUUAUGUCGGAAGUUUGUUGUGAUGGCUACAUAUUGCGAUCCAAUAAAUGUGAACCAACAUGUAACCCGGAGUGUAUAAAUGGCACUUGUUCCUCAUGGAAUACUUGUACCUGCCAACCAGGCUUUAAGCAUGACCCGGGUAACAAAUUUCGUUGUCAACCAAUUUGUGACCCAGAGUGCAUAAAUGGACAGUGUAGUGGUCCUAACCAGUGUGAUUGUUACGGAGGCUACCAGAAGAGCAACAAGAGCGAUCAUAUUUGUAAUUUACUUCGUCCUGAAUCCGGUGUAAAUGGAGAAUAUGUAGGCCAGAAACAGUGGAUAUGUUUUCCAGGAUAUAAGACAUCAAACAAAAGUGCCCUUAAAUGCGAACCGGUAUGUAAACCUGCGUGCAUCAAUGGAAAAUGCAUUGCUCCGAAUUUCUGUCAAUGUUGGGAAGGUUAUUAUCCAAUUCCUGAUGAGGCAUCCAAUCAUACCUGCACGCCAAUAUGUCUUUUGGAUUGCGGAAAUGGAACCUGUGACACGCUGAAAAAAUGUGACUGCUUCGAAGGAUACUAUUUUGAUGCUGCAAAUAUGACAUGUGUUGUACGAGACGAAGAAUCACUCAAGACUUUUAGUUUCAGUCAGAAGGGCAUGGAUAAGUUGGUUUUUAUCUUAAUUGUGGUUCUCAGCGUAGCCAACUUGUUUUCUGUGACAAUAGCUUUUCUAUAUAUUUGCCAUCUCAGACGAAAAAGUAUAGGAAACUCUGACUCCAUAGUAGAAUGAAAUACUAAA